AUGUUUGUUGAUAUAUUAAUUUUUAUCAUAUCUUCACCGUUCAAGGGAGCACAGGUGUUGUGGUCAGCGCUUACGACAGAUACGCGUAAAGAUGAAAGAGCAAGAGGUAAUAUUAACCAAGAAAUUGACUCAAAUCAAGAAACUAUACCAGAAUUUGAUGAUUAUGAUGAUGAAAAUGACUACAAUGAUUACGAUACCUCAAAUUUGAAUAAAAAUAAUCAUGAUAUUCACUCUACUAAAUUGAGAUACGUUCCUGAGGAAGGCUAUAUUGGGCUAGAUGAAGAUGGUUGGUGGGUAGAUGAGAUGAUGGUAUCCCUUAUUGCUCUUCUUGAUCAGGUCCCCAAUAACUUUGGAGCCCCACAUAGCGGUUAUAGCAUAAUGAGUUCUCAACCAUAUGCGCCUAUAUCAGAAAUAUUUGUGCCAUCUCUGUUUAUGAUAGCUCUUUUCGUUAGUAUUGUGGUGAAAAAGUUAAGAGGAAGAGAUAGAAGAUUCGAACAUGCUCCAAUUGUUUUGAACUUUACAGAUGAAAGCAAUAUACGCAAUGGUGAAGAGCAGGCGGAACAAAAGAAUUCAAAUACUUCAGAGGAAAGGAAAUUUGAUAAAAUGGUCACGGCAAAAAGUAUUAAAUCACCAAUUACUGAAAGUUUUCAAUACAGAUCUCCAGAAGAGAUUGAAACAUCAAAUCUUGAAACCUCUUUAAAAAAUCAUUUCGAUGCGGAAAAUGUAAUGGGGUCUUUAAAAGGGAACGCAGAAGAUGAAGCAAGCAUCCCACUGGCAACUGUGCCAAACCAAACCAUACCCGAUGAGCUGAUAAUUAGGAAGCAUCGUGAUACAGAGUCCUCUUAUACUGAAUCGCCUAUUUUAAAUCAAGGUCGAUUUAGAGCUCAAUCAAUAGUGUCUUCUGAUCAUGAAUUGGAUCUUACUUUGCUAUCAGAUGAAAUCUCAAAGUCACUUGAGAAUGAAAAGGAACCAUUAAAUAUACCAGAUCCUGAUUUUGCUCGACUCUUGGAAAAUGAUGAAAACACAAGUUUGAAUGAACUGGAUCUUAACAACAUUCUUGGUAAUAUUAAUGAUGUUGAAAAUCAUAUUUUAGAGUCUUCUAUCUCACAAAACACCAGUUUUUUCAACACCGAAGGCACAUGUCUGGAUAUGAAGUUUAAACGCCAAUCAAUAGACAAAUCUACUACAGGCUCUCAUGUGACAGAAAAUUAUCGUGUAUUAGACAAUAGUGACGGAUUAUAUGAUCUAGACUAUCCUUUACCUGCCAAUGAUAUCAGAGCUCAUUCGAUAUUGCACACACCUGAACCCCUUUACAACAAUGAUCAGAGCCAUAAUAAUGAUUUAUAUGUGUCCCAAGAUAAUUACAUCGAUCUGAAAUCUAAAAGUCACCUUAUUAAUGAUAUCGUUGGUGCGAUUCCAAGGGACUCAGGAGUUGACUCAAGUUUGGUUAAUAAUUUGGAGCCAUUGGAGUCUGAUGCUGGUAACGUAACAGAUACAGAUCAAAACAGGAAUACGCCUGAUACUCCUGUAACACUGCUGGACUCAAAUUUUGAAAUCCAGGAUCUGUUAUCAUUGGAUGCAAAUACAAGCAGUCCAUCAUCAAGCUCAGUGAAAGAAAGUGCUCCAUCAUCAGUUCUAGACAAUUUUACUUCAGAAAGACCUAAAACGCCAAUAUCAAACCCAUGUGAAUCACAGAUUGACUCGACGCCAAAACCUUCACCUUCAAAGAUACCAGUAAGCCAAUCACCACAUAAAAGAUCCCUAUCCAGAUUGAGUUCUCCAAGAAAGAAAAAUCCAUUAAAGGUUUUCAGGAUUUCUGAUCUGGUGGAAACAUAUUUGAUCAAUCGUGAGACUUCUGAUAUUGACACGUAUUUGAAUCUGGCCUUUGGAUCAGACAUUGACGUUGAUAUGAACGUUGAAUUGCUAGAAGUCUUGACAAUGGAAAACAUUGAUGAUUUGCUCAAGGUCUACAGUGGUAAAGAAACUUCAGAGAACUGGAAGGCUCGUCAUGAUAAUUUUGGUUUAUUAAUUGGUCAUUUGAAAUUACAUUUACCAAAGGGUUUCUAUGACUAUUUUCAAGAACAGCUAUAUGAUAUCAUUGAGGAUAUAUUGGAAAUGGCAUACACAAAAAGAACUAAAUUGUUAGAGAAAGUUAUAUUAUUCAUUAGAAAUUAUGUUUACUAUAGUAACGGGGUUACUCUUGAUGAUGAGCUUUACACUACUUUAAUUCAUUUAUUGCUUCAUGUCGCUAAGAACAAGUUGGACUUCAUAAGUAGACCAACAGUAAGAUCUUUAUGCUUGAUGAUACAGGCUUUAAACUUAGAUAGUUUCAAAAGAUGUUUCCAUAUGAUAUUUGAUAAUAUUUUAUCAAACAAAACUUUGAGAGAGGAGAAAUACCAUUCUUUGUUGAUCAUCAAGUUUUACCUAUCUGUGAACUUUCACUAUUUUACAAAAGAAGACUUUGAUGACAUUUUGGACUUGAUUUUACCCUAUGUUCCUUUAUUGACCAUAGAUAGCUAUCAAAAGACAAGAGCAGAGUUAGCUGAAAUAUAUUUGAUUUGUUUGAGACUCAACCCAUCUUCAAAGCAGUUGGCGGCAUUUUAUGAUAGAUUUCCAACAUUUGUGAAAUCCAAUAUUACUAAACCAAAUCCAGUACCAGCUAAUGAUGCAGACAGUACACUUGCUGUCUGA